CACGCAUUUCAUUCCGACAUGCAGCACAAAUGUGUACUUUUACACCAGAUAGCAAUAAACAGUAUACCAAUGUCAGUGUUGUCCAAUGACAAAAUGCAAAAGCUCUCGCUCGUCUUCGGAAAGCCAAUCCUGGUCUGUCGCUGUGGAGCUUUUUUAUUUUUCACCAAGGCAUAGGCAGCCGGCUUUUUCCGUACCGAGUAGUAACAUUUGAACAGCGAGUCGUCUGUUUGUGCUGGAGAGACGUGCACGUCAACUGGGUUUUAGGUGUGAAAUCCAAAUCUGCUACUGCGGAGACAGCGUUCAAAACAAACUAUUUCCAAAUGGAUACGGCUAAUCAGCUGGUUUCUACCGGGAGGUUUGGUAUAGCGAAGGAGCCUCUUGGAUUUAUGCGCGCUUUGGAAUGGCUUUUUGCAAUUUUUGCAUUUGCAACAUGCGGUGGGUACUCCGGCCAGCUGCAGGUCAGUGUAGACUGUGUAAACAAGACGGACAGCAACCUGAGCAUUGGCAUCGAGUUUGCUUAUCCUUUCAGGUUGCAUCAGGUUUAUUUUGAUGCCCCCUUGUGCGAAGGCAAAAGGCGAGAAAGGCUUUUCCUGAUAGGAGACUAUUCUUCAUCGGCUGAGUUUUUUGUCACCAUCGCUGUCUUCGCCUUCUUGUACUCCCUGCUGGCCACCGUCGUGUACAUUUUUUUCCAGAAUAAGUAUCGAGAGAACAACAGAGGACCACUCAUUGACUUCAUAGUGACGGUGGUGUUCUCCUUCAUGUGGCUGGUGAGCUCCUCGGCCUGGGCCAAGGGGCUGUCCGAUGUGAAGGUGGCCACAGACCCCAAUGAGGUGCUGCUGCUCAUGUCGGCCUGUAAAGUCCAGGCCAACAAAUGUCUUUCAGUCCGAGGACCUGUGUGGUCAAGCCUAAACACCUCUGUGGUAUUUGGAUUCUUAAACUUUAUCCUGUGGGCCGGAAACAUUUGGUUUGUCUUUAAGGAGACUGGGUGGCAUUCCUCCGGACAGAGGUAUCCUUCCAGCAGCACAGAAAAACAAGCAAGUGGCUUUAAUCAGCAGCCCUACAAUCAAGGUGGAUAUGAUCAAGAAAACUUUGGCCAGUCUGGUGGGUACAAUCCACAAGGGGAGUACGGGCAGCAGUCCAACUACAGCCAGGUUGGCAGCUAUAGCCAGGCUGGGUAUGCCCCAAGUGGGCCAACCUCCUUUGCCAAUCAAAUGUAACAUCCGUACCCUGGCCAUUACUGCAAUUUAAGAUUGGAAAAUCAAGGGAGAUCUCAUGGUUAUGAGUUGCAGCCUAAAUUAGACUCUGCAAUGGAAUAUAUUCUGUUGUUAGUAGUCUAGUGAUUGGAAGGUAUUUGAUCUAGUUUGUAAAAAAUGCAGCAUAUCUACAGUAGGUUGUCUGUACAGACAAGGUAUUUUCUGGAGUGGCUGUCCCUGAACUCAGUAUUUCUAUUGUAAAAAUCAAAAUUGUAUUUUUUUUCCAACUUUGGUUUUAUUUUCUUUUUUGAAUGUUGUAUUGCAGUGGUUUCAAUUGUUCGUAAGCAAUUUCUUUUCUGUGAUAGGUGCUAUGCCACAGAUCAUUACGGUAAGUAUUUCUAAACUGUUUUGCACUCUUGUGAGAGAAAAUGUGGUACUUUGUAUCUUUAUUGAAGAUUACUUUAUUGUGUUAAUAAAGUGCAUGAAAUUGUGCAUUUCAAUUAAUAUAUAUGCCUGUAUGUGCACACUUGAAUAAUUUUAUAACACAUAGUGCCGACAGGAUUAAACUGAUGUUAACUUACAUAAAAAAUAGGCUUUACAUAAGGUUAAUUCCUUUUAAUUUGUCUUAUAUCUUAAAGUUUAAAUUAUUUAUAAAAGAUGCUAGUUCUAAUUGUUGAAAAUCCUGAUAUACUUUCCUCACACUUAUUUGCUUUUCUUAAAAGUUAAUUUUGGAGCAUUUUACAAGAUGUUUGCUUAAAAAGGAUCAAAUUCACUUUUAUUGGAUAUUAAUGAUUUUAUUGCACAAAAUGACUGCCCUUAAUGGAGAAAUAUCUGUUGUGGAUGUUUUGUGAGUACAGUAUUUUGAUGUUUAGUGUUUAUACUUGUAAAAGGGGCCAUUCAUUUGUUAAAAAAUGUACUUUUGUGGAAUUUUAAUAAAGACAAAGAUUUGGACAGGUGUUUUAAACCUUUGCUGCAGUCAAAGUAAGCAAUUACUACGUUUUCAAAGCAUGUGUGAUGCAAGAAAAUAGUUAUGAUGUCAACACCUUUUAGCCAGUAGCAAUUAAUAACAGAUUAAUGCUUUUAUGUUGCAAACCGCAAAGCUCAUCUAAGUGUUGUUUCCUUUUCUAUUCAGAACACCACAACAAUUGUAUUUAAUGACAUUUUAAAUAAUUCGUUCUGAUAAGCCCAAUUUGCACAACUAUUAAUAAGAUUUAUACAUAUAUAAAUUCGUAAUUUAACUUUUCCUUCCUUGUUUUUGACUUUCAAAGCAUGUGGCCACAAUCAUCACAGUAAUUGCAUUUGUUAGACCAUAUAUAUACUGUAUAUCAUCCUUGUGUUUGCUCUUCAGUGUUACAUUAUAAUGUGAUAAAGUUGGAGUCCAUAUACUCUUGUAAUCUGUAAGCGAUUACUCAGUGUGAAUGAUAUUAUAUAUGCAUUUCAAAUAACAUUAAUAAAGAUGUUGCACAAACCAUG